UCUGCCUCCGGAGAACUCUAGUUCUCUGUUCUCUUCAGGGAUGAGUCAUGUGGCGGGGAAAAAUAAGGCCGGGCUGGACCAGCAGUUUGCUGGCCUAGACCUGAACUCCUCUGAUAAUCAAAGUGCAGGAGGAAGUACAGCAAGCAAAGGGCUCUAUAUACCUCCUCACUUAAGGAACAGAGAAUCGUCUAAAGGAGUCUAUGAUAAGGACAGUUCAGGGCGGAGCUGUAGUAAAGAUAAGGAUGCCUACCGCAGUUUUGGGUCACGUGAUUCAAGAGGAAAGCCUGGUCACUUCAGUGAUCGUGGAAGUGGGUCAAGGGGAAGAUAUGAUAGUCGUGGACGGAGUGACUAUGAUGCUUUCAGCAGUCGUGGUGACAGAACUGGCUUUGGCAGAUUUGAGCGGAGUGGUCAUAGUCGUUGGUGUGACAAAGCAGAUGAAGAUGAUUGGUCAAAACCACUUCCACCAAGUGAACACUUGGAGCGGGAGCUCUUUUCUGGAGGAAACACUGGAAUUAACUUUGAGAAAUAUGAUGAUAUACCAGUAGAGGCAACUGGCAAUAACUGUCCUCCACAUAUUGAAAGUUUCAGUGAUGUUGAGAUGGGAGAAAUUAUCAUGGGAAACAUUGAGCUUACUCGUUAUACUCGUCCUACUCCAGUGCAAAAAUAUGCCAUUCCUAUUAUCAAAGAAAAAAGAGACUUAAUGGCUUGUGCCCAAACAGGAUCUGGAAAAACUGCAGCAUUUCUUUUGCCUAUCCUGAGUCAAAUAUAUGCAGAUGGUCCCGGUGAAGCUUUGAAGGCCGUGAAGGAAAAUGUAAGGUACGGGCGCCGCAAACAAUACCCAAUCGCCUUGGUUUUAGCCCCAACAAGAGAAUUGGCUGUGCAGAUCUAUGAGGAAGCCAGAAAAUUUUCUUACCGGUCUAGAGUUCGUCCUUGUGUAGUUUAUGGUGGUGCUGAUAUUGGUCAGCAGAUUCGGGACUUAGAACGUGGGUGCCACUUGUUAGUAGCCACUCCAGGACGUCUUGUUGAUAUGAUGGAAAGAGGAAAGAUUGGAUUAGACUUCUGCAAAUACUUAGUAUUGGAUGAAGCUGACAGGAUGCUGGAUAUGGGAUUUGAACCUCAGAUACAUCGUAUAGUUGAACAAGAUACUAUGCCACCAAAGGGUGUUCGUCACACUAUGAUGUUUAGUGCUACUUUUCCUAAGGAAAUACAGAUGCUUGCUCGUGACUUCUUAGAUGAGUAUAUAUUCUUGGCUGUAGGUAGAGUUGGCUCUACCUCUGAGAACAUCACACAGAAGAUAAUUUGGGUGGAAGAGUCUGAUAAGCGUUCAUUUCUGCUUGACCUUCUAAAUGCAACAGGGAAGGGUUCUCUGACUUUAGUGUUUGUGGAGACCAAAAAGGGUGCAGAUUCUCUGGAGGAAUUCUUAUACCAUGAAGGAUAUGCUUGUACCAGUAUUCAUGGAGACCGAUCACAGAGAGAUCGAGAGGAAGCCCUUCACCGGUUCCGCUCAGGAAAAAGCCCAAUUCUAGUGGCAACAGCUGUGGCAGCAAGAGGACUGGACAUUUCAAAUGUGAAACAUGUUAUCAACUUUGAUUUGCCAAGUGAUAUUGAAGAAUAUGUACAUCGCAUUGGCCGUACAGGACGUGUAGGAAACCUAGGCCUUGCCACCUCAUUCUUUAAUGAAAGGAAUAUAAAUAUCGCAAAGGAUUUAUUGGAUCUUCUUGUUGAAGCUAAACAGGAAGUGCCAUCCUGGUUUGAAAAUAUGGCUCAUGAACAUCACUACAAAGGUAGCAGUCGUGGACGUUCUAAGAGUAGGUUCAGUGGAGGAUUUGGUGCCAGAGACUAUCGACAAAGCGGUGGUUCCAGCAGCUCUGGAUUUAGUGGUAGUGGUGCAAGCAGCAGCCGCAGUGGUGGAGGUGGUCACAGCAACAACAGAGGAUUUGGUGGAGGUGGCUAUGGAGGCUUCUACAGUAGUGAUGGAUAUGGAGGAAAUUAUAGCUCCCAGAGGGUUGACUGGUGGGGCAACUGAAUCUGCUUUGCCAUAAGAGUCUCUCCUUCAAAUAAGCUAAUAUGGAAACCAAAUGUUACUUAGCCAGACUGUAUUGUGUAGCUUCAAGAACUUGCAGUACAUUACCAGCUGUGAUUCUCCUGAAAACUCAAGGGAACUCAAAGCCACAAGAAGAAAUGAAAGAAACAAUCAGCAGCCCCAUUCAGUAAUGGUUUGAAGAUUUAAUUGCUGUAGCUUGGAUUAACUCUCCUCCUGUUUAGUCCCACCCCAAACUGCAUUUAUAAUUUUGUGACUAAGGAUCAUUUGUUUGUUAAUGUACUGUGGCUUUAGCUUUAGACAACUUAUUAUUUUGAUGUCCUGUUGGCUCAGUAAAGCUCGAAACACCAAUUGUUUUGACAAAAUAAAUUUACUGAACUUGAGGUAAAAUGAAACCUUGGCACACAGGUGUGAUACAACUUAACAGGAAACAUCAAUUUAUUCAUAAAUAUGAUAAAGAAAAAAACAUUCAGUAGCCUGCGUUAGGACAUUUUGAUACUUGCAGACUGGAGGGGGGAUCCAUCUGAAAGUGUAAUUAGUUUCUAAUGCGGCAAACUGUACUAAGUUAAAGUUCUGACUUGCUCACUCUGUCCUGGAUAGCACUUAGAACCUUAUACUCUUUAAAUAAGUCUUUCCUGUCGUGAGGUGGGAAUACACCCAUAACAUUUUUGAAGGCACUUUUCAAAGUUAAUUCAAGUGAAUACAGCAAUUCCUCAUUUAAAGUUUAGGCAAUUUAUUAACUGUAAGCUAGGCACAUGUUAGGCAUAUUAUUGUGGGAACAGUUUAAAGGCCUGGUAAUUUAGAGUGUUUGGGAGAUUUCAUUUAAUUAUAUUUUUUAAAUGCCUGCCAUAAAUAAAAAUUGAAGUGUUAGAAUGGCUGACCAUGGCAAUGAGAGUUCUCAGUAGAAAAGCCUGGUUGGAUUUUGGUCUCAACACAUGCUAAUGUUGAUGGUUUUUGGUCAAGAGAGUGUGAACAGGGAGGAUUAUGCAGCGGGCUUUAUUUUAAAGCAGAUUCACAUUACUUUGUUAAAGCUGCAUUGAAAUGUUAAAAUGGCUUACACUUGUAGACUUUAAAUUUGAGAAUAACAAACUGAAAUCCUUGAGAUCUCACAGGUUGGAAAUAUGUACUAAACUCCUCAAGGUGUCAGUUCUUUAUAAUGCAGUUUUAUUGUAUUCUAUUUGCAUAUGUUUCCAUUGUAUUUAUAAUCUCUUUAUGCUGAAUUUGGCCAAAGAUGAUUGUCUGCCACUAAAAAUGCCUCUCCCACUUGGAAUUCUCUGCUGAUUUUGUGGCCAGAAUGCCAUGAUCUUUAAAAACAUGUCUUUAUAGUGGCACAAGUUGGCAAAAACUUAUUUUUAAAGUGCAAUAGAUUUUCAGGUGUAUUGUGCCUUGUUCUAAAACUUUAUUAAAGUAGGUGCACUUGACAGUAUUUGAAGUCAUUUAUAUGGUGCUAUUUCAAUUAGUAUAGGUUUAGACUCUUGUACGUUUUGCCCAUAACUUUUUACAAAGCACUUAUUUUAUUGCACAUUCAGAGAAUUUUAUAUAUAUAGUAUUGUGUGCAUGUCCUUAAGCUUCCAGUCUUAUUUUGUCUCUUGGAGAUGGUUGAACACAGCUUGUCAAGAACUAGAAUCUAAAAUUUUAUUUGGGACCAUGGAAUGAUAGUAGAGAGAGAAGAAAACUAUUUGCACACAUCAGAUUUUAGAUAUUUUGCUGCUAGUUCGUGUAAUAUUUAUUGAACAUUUUGACAGAUAUUUAUUUUUGUAAACCUAAAAUGAUUCUUUGAAAGCUUAAAGAAACUUGACCAAAAGACAGUACAAGAACACUGGCACUGAAUGUUGAAUGUAACCAUAUGUGAAAUAAUAUAUUUUGGAGUAGUGUGAGCUUUUAAUGUUAAGUCCUAUUUAACUUAAGUCAAAUUAAGCAGACCUGGCAUUGGCAAUGUAGAAAGAAUUUUUUGACAAAAUUUAAGACAAAAUUAGCAACCUGAAAUUAAAACAUGACAAGGUUUUGAUACACUUCUCUUAAGAUAUUAUCAAAACACUUCUAAACACUGAUGAAAUGUCCAUGUUCUCAAAUGUCCUCUGAGUUUUGUUUAGUUUUGUGUUGUGUUUGGUUUGGUUUUCAAUGACUAUGUGGCAUAUCUGCAUUCCUCAAACAUGUGGUUAUCUUUCUGUAUUGCCGUUAAUAGUGACUUUUACAUUCAGUUGUAUCAGCCAGCAAUAUUUUCAGUAAAAAAGAAUGGAUUUGACUUGCCGAAUGUAAACAUUGAACCUCAAGUCACUGUGAAUGUAGUAAUUGUUUACUGUAUUUUAUA